GUGUUCCAGACAGGAAGCUUGUGACAAGUGGGAGGAGCCUCAGCACUUCAACACCCGGCUGGACCAAUGCGUCGACAUCUCCGUUACCCCGAGCAACAUGUCAGUCACCUCCCCGGCAACACAGUUAACCAUUCGUGUGCAGAAUGUGCCGGCGCUGUCGGGGGGCGUGUCCUGUGUGUUUGAGGACCUGAGUGAGACCCCCGGGGAGGUCGGGGUCAAAGGUCAGGUGAUGUGUCUCUCACCGUCGCUGAGAGACCUGCCGACACACACACACUCCUACGGAGAGAAGCGUGUGGUGCAGCUCAGUCUGCGCUCCACAGAGACCGGACACCAGUUCAUCUCCACCAGCUUCAUCUACUACAACUGCUCCGUCCUCAACUC